GUUUGAAUGCCGAUGUCACCAGCAGCUCUGCUCACGGAGCCGAAAGUGCAGAAGCAAAAGCGAAGGGAAUUCAUUCGUUUAACAAAAGCGAAGGCGGCCUGUUAGAAGCGCGAGGAGACUGGAAGAGAUCCGAAAUAGAAACCUUCAGCUCCGUUUCGAUUUGCACACGCUUUUCCGCUCCACCUACACUUGCCCGAUCAGAACAUGGCAAGUGGGCAUCCCAUUGACUCAUUUGCUUUCAUGUACAGACCCGAAAGCUCUCAGAACUCAAAGAGUAAGGUUCGACCGUCUUCCAGCAUGAAUCCUGUUUAUAGUCCAGUGCAGCCGGGCACGGCGUACGCAAACCAAAAGACCAUGACGUACCCAGGAAACAACGAUGGCGUGAUGCAGCCAGACACGAAGUGGAGUUACUGUUACGACAGCAAUGUUGAUUAUUUUCCAAUAACAAGCAAGUCCAGAAGUGGAUUAUUCUUAUACCUAAUACCACAACAAUUUGCCAACACAACACGUUGCUAUCCUGCAGGUUAUCCCACUACAGCUCCAGCAUACACACCUAAUAUCUACCAGACGGGCACCCCGGGAUACCCUCAAGGAUACACAACAGGAACUCCCUAUAAGGUGCCCCCGGCACAGACGAACGGAGCCCCUCCACCGUACUCGGCGUCCCCGAACCCCUACUCCACGGCCAUGUAUCCCAUCAGAAGUGCCUACCCUCAACAAAACCUCUACGCUCAGGGCGCGUAUUAUUCCCAGCCAGUGUUUGCACAGCCACAUGUAAUCCAUCACACCACGGUGGUGCAGCCCAACAGCCUGCCGUCAACCAUCUACCCAGCGCCGGUGCCUUCUGCCCGGCCUAACAGCGUUCCCGUGGGCAUGCUGAGUGGCUCCACCAUGGCCAUGUCCGCAGGGCCGCUGCUCACCACACCACAGCACACGCAACAUAUCGGCACUCACCCGGUCACCGUGCCAACGUACAGGCCGCAGGGGUACAGCUACGUACCCCCGCACUGGUAGAGCUGCCAGCACACUGCAUAUCUGGAGUUCACAUUGUUCACAUUUCCAGUCUUCGUGGACGCAGCCUCCAGCACCGGGCCACAGAGUCCUUCUGCGAGUACAAAUACUGAACGAGCAACGGUCACUUUGUGUUCUUGGCGAUUUCGUUAAAGCUGCUCACUCGGAUCGAAAUUUGUUCAGUUUUUGUGUUACGUUAGAAAUCCCUGACCAACACCUACCAGCAGUUAAAACACACACAAAAAUUCAACUACACCGAGCAGCCGUGAGCAUCUUGCUGCUCUUUAACACUGGGCCCUGUGCUACAAUAGUACUUUCUCUAACAGUCUGAAUGUACACAUUUGUGUAUUACAUUAUAUAACACUUAGGUUUGAGUUCAGGGUUUUUACUUUAGUUUGUUGGUUUAGUUUUUUUUUUGUUUUUUUUUUGCCCCCCCCCCCCCCCCCCCCUAUCCUCCUCUCCCCGUUUUCUGCAGUGCUCUUGUGAAAAGCGCUGUGCUCUUUUUUUUUUUUUUUUCUUUUUUCUUUCCAUUUCUCCAUCCAAAUUUCACCUUUGAGAAAAGGUCGACAUCCUCCAUCUCCCAGCACAUGAGUAGGGUCCUGCUUAUGCUAGUUUGCAGAAUUUGGGGACUCGUAGUGAAUCAUUUUCAUCUGGUACUGCCAUUCUAGUAGAUGCACAAUCUUUAAAGGACGUUUCGGCGGUUUAAUCGGCUGUAGUGGACGUUAAAGUGGGUUCGCCUGCUUUAGUGGGGUUUUUAAAAAUCCGUUAACCAGAUUUAGUGGACACUUCAAGUGAGUUAGCCCGUUUUUAAGGACGCUUUAAAUGGGUCAACCGUUAGCAGGUGGCGUUUGAAGCGGAUUAGGCGGACGCUUUAGGACGCGUUCGAACACCGAGUGGGUUAACCAGCUUUGGUGGUCAUUAACAUUUAGGUGACCAGCUUUAUUAGAAACUUUUAAAGAGGGGCGGGCCGUUUUAGUGAACAUUUCGAGUGGGUUUAAUAAGCGUUUAAACGGACAUUUCUUUAGGGGAAUCGUCUUAAGUCGACUACUUCACGUGGGUUAACUAGUUUUAAUGCCCACGUCAGUUAACUAGCCGACGUUUCAAAGGGCGGAUCAUCUUAACUGGACGCUAUAAGUGGGUUAACUAAUUAUUUAACCGGGUUUAAGAUGUGCAUGAGCUAUUCAUCUUAAGUGACAAGUGAAGGGGUUUAGCCAGUUUUAGUGCACAUUUUAGUUAGCUAACCUGAUUUAACGCGACCUUUCGUUGGCUCCCCGUCUUAACUGGGCAUUUCAAAUGCGUGGACAUUUCAGGAGGUUAUCCAGCUUUAGUGGAUAUUUCGGAGGGUUAGCCAGUUUCACUGGAUGCUUCAAGGGUAGGGCAGAGGGUAAGCCUGUUUUUAGUGGAUUUUAGUAUUUUAGUCAGUUACCCAGCUUUAGUGCACAUGUUAAGUUUUACUGGACAUGUCAGUAGGAUGUCUGGCAUCAUAUCUCACGAAGCUGUGAAGCAACGUCGAUAUAUUAUCCAUGCAGUAUGUAAAACGUGAACAAAAUGAGCAAAAGGCCUGCUGUAAUAGGCUUUACGUGCACAUGCUUAUCGAUCAUGCACUCACUCGUGUGCAUAUGCAGAAAUCAUAGAAGAGAUCCAAUAAGACAGGAGCAAUGCAGCUGGUGGUCUAGGAGGCGUAGAGGUGUAACGAAGCGUGAAAACCGAGCAGGAAGGUUCGAGGCCCUGGUCAUUAAAGACGCGGUUGGAUUCCGUAUGCGCUUAGAUCCGACGUACAGGACUCCCGAGUAGGACUGACGCAAGCAUGCUUACGUACUUCGGUGAUUUUCUUUCCGUCACGUUAGAUUCCGACCAAAUCGAAGCACCGGACUCGGACGCUACGUUUCCGAGUGUGGUUUGCAAUAAAUUUCAGAAGUCCACGUGGUUUUCAUGCGCCUGUGUAGCGCCAUGGACUCGUUACUAGGCAGCUGAGAGGGGAAACGAAACACCGUCCUGGCUUUUUACUACUGUUUGGAAAGCACCCUUGGCAUCUUUCUCUUUAAUGGUGUCACUCGCGGCACAAAGCAAGGACACAGGCUCAAGAGCGAAACGUUUUGAUAUCAAGUCGUCCUAUCAAGUUCAUAGCUAAUUAGGUGGCCGGAUAUUGACCUAGCAUGCCGAUCGAACCGAGCUAGCAGAAUAAAAAUACGAAAUAGCUACAUAUAACCAGAUUCUAACGUUUUAAACUAAUUGAACCAUGUCAAUCGUCAAGAGUUGUAAGGCAUUCUGGGUAAGUUCUAUAGUGCUGUAAUGUACAGUGAUGCCGAAUUCAUCCUCCACUCGAGCAAGUACCGUCCUUAAAGUUGCGACAGGUGUUGAACAGAUGAGAAAUGCUUUCGGAAGAUCGUCAAGGGUGUGUUAAAAACAGUUGGAAAGCAGGAUGUGGGUCGUCUCCCCCCCCCUCCCCCCCCUCCACCAUCCCAUCUCUCUCUUUCCAUGCAUGCUAGAUGUCUUAGAUUUGGAGCAGGCCAUAGUCUUGAGGUAGCGCUAAAGAAGAAAUUAAAAUCUGUGUUUUUAUCAUGCAUUAAGUUCUCAUGCCUGGGCAUAAGGAAAUGGUUAGUAUGAGUGAGAGACUACAUUGCUCAAGAAACUCGUAACGAACGUAUAUAACAUUCAGUAAGGAAUAUUGCACUCUUCAAAAGUAAUAAUCUAUGCUUGUAGUUGGUACAGUACUUAAUCUUAAAUAAAAAGCGCAUUUAUUGUACAUUUCAAUUGUGGUACUCUAGUCUUCCAGACAAAAAAAAAAAAAAAAACACUGAAGAGAUCCAUGCAAAAUAUUAUAUAUCAUUGCAGUAUUCUUCCAUAUUUUAACCACUUUAUUAAAAAAAAAAAGAAAAAAAAAGAAGUAAGUCUGUGUUUUAUUAAAAAGCGACAAAACGGAGUUUGCAGGCUAUAUUUCAAAUGGUCACACUAGUCUAGAGUUGUGUGUUUGUCUAGGGGAGGUCGUCGCCCCGGGUUGUGCCGUGUCGGUCCGUGUGUAUGGUGAGAUUCGCAGCAUUCCUCUGUAUCCUCGUAAUUGUUGGUUUUAUGCGGUUAAGCAUCACGAAAUAACCCAAAUUUAUAGUUUCGACAGCAGAAGCAUGCUCUUUGGCUUUCGUGAGGGUUCGGCUUAAAACCCCGAACGUGCCGAGUCGUUAAAAGUAAAAGUUUGUUAUGUUAAGUCGCGACAGGCGACGUUACGUUCCGAAACGUUCACAUCGCAACGGAUUUGAACGAGUCGUUUUGCGCGGAUGUAAGAUGCCAUGGUAACGGUUUCUAUGAAGCUUGUAUUCAUAAAACUUAUGUGCUUAUAGGUUUUUUUUUUGUUGUUGUUUUUUUAAAACAUGUAGCGUAAAUGUCAUUGUUCAUCCUUUUUCGCCUUUUUAGCAGUAUGUGCAGAAUGUUGCAGUGUCAGUAUAAUAGCUAAGCGUCACAUAGCCAGACCUUUAGCAUUUUGGUGCAUUUUGUACUCCUAGAACCACCUGCAUAAAUAAACACAGAGAACCAAGAGCCGCCUACAGAGAUGAUUCGACAGACCUUUUCCCUAUAGCUCAUCGAUAGAUAAUGGUAAAUAAAUAAUCAAUAAAUAAAGAUGAUAUCGUUUACUCAUGGCUCCAAAACGAAACUCUAAUAGCUUGUCGUAAUCAAGCGGAUCGUUACUCGGAUGAUUCUGAAGCCUGUGGCAAGAAAAGUGUUAAAAAAAUUUUUUUAAAAUUAAUUAAUUUUUUAAAUCUCAGAUGCUAUGUGGCCUGUAGGUGGCGCUUCUGAGGCUGAGACUACAGCAAUACCUCACAUAUUAAGGUGAGUAAUGACAUUAAGGUGAAUAAUAACAUUUAUAAAUGUUAAUAAGAGGCAUUAUUGCUGUAAUAAGCACAAGCGUUAUGAAUUCAGCUCCAUAGAAAAGUGUUACUUUCAUCCAGUGCGUCAAACUUCCCGAGCGGAUCACCGUAUUCAUUCCGGUUUCAUUGCAGCGCUUCAUCUUAACGCUGUUCUUCCUGAGACACGACACAACAUACACGUAAUUCUAAUAAUCCUAACAAAGGAAUGACAUAUACGCAGCUAAACAUUUUAAGCUAUGCACCGGUUGAUUAUUUGUGACUGAUACAGUAGUAGAACCCUACGUUUUACACACUUUAUACACUUUUUACACACACGGCUCAUCGAUCCUGUAGCGAAACGCAAGCGGCGGUGCAUGGCCGCUAGGAACAGACCUGCGAAUACCGAAAAGCGAGACGUAUUUGCGAAUGUACAUAUCCGAAUAUUAUACAGAGAAUAAGUAUUUUGAGUAUUUGAGCACUAGAAUGUAUUUUCAAAUACAUGUAUUUUCUCAAAGACUUAAGUACUUAGGUACUUUUCCGCCCAGGUCUGUCGUAGAGAGUGUGAUCAUUUUCCAUUCCUCGUUUCGACUUUAUUUACUUUACGGAUAAAUCUUAAUGUUUUUUCGUGGUUUGUUUGCUCAGUACGACGACCGUACGACCUAAUCUCGCGGUUUUCACUACAUCGUGUAUCAUCUGCUCACAUUCAAUGCCAUAUAAUACUUCAGGGUUCUUUUUAUUAUUAUUAUUAUUAUUAUUUAUCUUGAGAAACUUCUGGAAUAUUUUUGACUUGUUAAGAGUCCUAACAGUUUCGAAAAUACGAGCGAGAACUUCUCGGAUCGUGCUUGCGAAAGCAUCCAGGGCUUGGUAAUAAUAAAGAGUCUCUCUCGUGUGUCGGUUUUCAUCCUGAACAAAGUGAACGAAUCGUGUUUUAUUCCAGAAUAGAUUCAGUCGCCUCAUUACUCCAAGAUUGGUUGGCCUUAUUAGUUUUUGUUUGUUUGUUUGUUUGUUUUUACAAUGCAAAAAGAAUUGAGCAGCGUUAUUUAAGGUGCAUAACUGGACCGUAAGGACCACCGUUGUACCCGUUGUACCUUUUUGAAUGUACAUUUACAUUAAUAUUCACACACACAAGCUUUCUUCCGUCCUUGUCCAAUUGUGAAGGAUCGACUGCAUCCUGUUUUUAAAUGUGUUUUUUUUUUUUUUUUUUUUCUUUUCUUUUCUUGCAACUUUACACUGUAACCUUGAAAAUGUCUUUACAUGUAACGGAUACGUUGUUGAUUUCAAGGGGUCAUUUGGUUGGUUUUAUACAUUAAUUAAAUCCAGCUCUUGUGGUUAUUUUGGUUACCGUUAGCCUUUCCCGUAUGUGGAUUUUGUACAAAGGGAAUGAAUCCACUUCAAAAUAAAAAUAAAUAAACAAACAAAUAAAUAAAUAAUUUCCCCCAAAUGUUUAGGGAACACUUAAACCUUCUUGGCUAUACCACAUGACCUAAACCAGUACGUAUUUUGCUUUGUGUGUUUAUCUGUACACGGGAAUAUAUGUUCACGUACUAAUUCGAUCUCUAAAAAAAUAGUGACGUACAUUUUGCCCUAGAGAGCGUUUUUCCACUCGCUGUGAACCACAGAGUUUCGCAGUUCUUGUACAAGCACUUAAUCACGGAUACUAAACCAGGAUGGAAACGUAGGCCGACACAUCGUCUUCCGAAAUGUAGUUUUCGUCAUGACUUUUGGUUUCAUCGAGCAGGGUUUAAAUCGGUUUUAAUCGGCGCUUUUCCGUCUGUUACACGACGUUGCAAUAGUUACUCACAUCAGGUUUGUGCAAAUGAAGUCCAAUUCUGUUGUUUUAUGUUGUAAUGAGGAUCUGUUUGCUGAUCUUGGUGAAUCAAAAACCAGGGUUGUAAUUGUAUUAUAUUUGCUGUACAUGUCAAAUGUAGACCAUUCGAUAACUAUUAAAAUCUUUCAAAAACAA